GUCUUGUUCUGCUCAGCCAACGAGGGACACAAUUGCCACAAUGUCGCUUUUCAGAGCAGGAAAUCUCGCCUGCUUCCGAGCUGGCCGGCUUGCCGCACCUAUCAAUGCUCGUUUUCUGUCCACUAACACCGGUCGAGGCGACCCUUCCGUGAAAACCAGCCCUGCUGAUGCCCCGGCGGUACCUCCCAAGGACAGCUCAUUGAUCCGCCAGGAGGGCCCUGCUGAGGCAAUGGCUCGUCACCAACCGGAUUAUGAGGCCACAAUUGAUCACGGCACCUCGAAAUUCUCUCCUGUGCCUAAACGUGUCAUGGAUGGAAGCGAGCCCGGCGACACCGUUCCAGCUGCUGUUCUUUCUGGUGCUCCUACCGACCUCCAGGCUCGUACUGUCAGAAUCUACCGCCCCUCGAAGCCCGCCACGCAAUCUGGUACCUGGCACCAGCACCAUUGGAGGAUGGAUUGGGAUGUGUUGCAGAAGGGCCACCGCUGGGAAAACCCUCUGAUGGGCUGGCAAUCGUCUGCUGAUAAUAUGCAAGGCACUCAUCUGAACUUCAAGUCCAAGGAGGAUGCCAUUAUGUUCGCGCAGAAGCAAGGCUAUGAGUAUUUUGUUCAGGAGCCAAAUGAGCGCAGAUUCGUUCCUAAGGCUUAUGCGAACAACUUCGUUCACGAACCGAAGAAGAUCAAGCACAUCAGGACCAAAUAAUCGAUUACAUCAAGUGUAUCUUGUACAUAAGCCCAGAUUUUUACUCUUUCGGAAUUGCUCUUUCAGGUGUUACAUGACUCUUUAACAUGCUUUCAAGGCC